GCCGGACCAUGGCAGUUCAUUGAAAGUGUUCAGGUUGUUAUUGACGGAACCACUGUCCAAACGACUCAAGUUCAUGAGAAUGUGAAUACAACUUUCAAGGCUCUAACUGAAACCGAUUAUAAUUUAUAUGUCAAACAAGGCUCAACCAGCAAUUUUACGUUGGAUGAAUAUGCCACGCCAACGAUCCAAGGGUCUAGCGGAGCGGCACAAUCGCUCGAUAACUUGGCUACUUCGUCGUUUAUGACAGCUACUAAUAAUGUCGGUGAGUUUGGAUUGGCUAACACCUACUCGAACCGAGGAGCCGCCGAACGUUCGCUCUUUACUGCUCUUGAUCAACAAAGCUCGAAACUUGCAUUCGAUGUUAUGGGAGGUAGUGCAAAUCUUCAAGCCGUAUCGAAACCCCAAGUCUAUGUGGCUCCUGCUGGCGCCGUUGCUGCUGCUUCGCCAUUUUACGUUGCACAUUAUCUGGCUUGCAUUAAAGUGCGGGAUAUCUCUGACUACUUCAAGAAAUGCCCAAUGCAGAAAAACACGCGCGACUUCAUUUACCUCAACUAUAACAGUUCAUCCACUACUCUAGUUACGACUGGUACUGCCGGUGUCGUCGCAACUAUUGCUAGUUUGAGCAACAAUAUGAAUUUCGGCAACACCUGCCCCGUGCUUUGUAAUUUAAGCAGUGGUGUAACGGCAACGGCUUUGGCCGGUGGUCUUGCGCUCCCUGCAUCUGCUGUAACUCUAACGAUUACAGCCGACGUUUAUGGUACUCCCACUGGUGGAACUAGUAUCACUCCAUCGCAAUCGUUCUCGCGUCUUCUGUUUCCAACGUAUUCACCUAACUCAAGCGCCGACCAUGCACUAGCUCAGAAGAAAAUAUUCCAGUACUUCGAGCGGAUCACGAAUAAAUUCACAGUUGCUCCAGGUGCUUUCUUUACUUGGACGGUCAGUAAUGGAGUUGCUAAUCCAAAGCGAUUGAUCAUGCAACCAGUUAUUACCAAUCCAACGGCAGGAGCGACUGUAUCGGAUACAAUUAAUCCGUUCCGUAGCCCAUUCUCGACUGUUCCAGCUACAACGAGUCCAUUUGCCGCAUUGAAAAAUCUGCAGAUCACAGUUGGAAACGUUCCUAUUUGGAACAACCCCGUGAGUAUUAUAUAUGAUUUGUUUGUGCAAGAGAUUUUCCGCUAUCGUUGCUGCAUGACUCAGGGGCGUAUAGUGUAA